AUGGCGUCUGCACAGCCAGUUCCGUCCUCGACGAGGCGGAAUCGCGAUGCUUCUCAUACUGAGGUUCCGAUAGGGCGUUACAUACGGAUGGAUCAGAUCGGCCGAGGUAGCUUCGCAACCGUCUAUCAAGGAGUGCAUGCGAAACAUAAGUCCUACGUCGCUAUCAAAUCGGUCAAUUUAUCGAAACUCAAUAAGAAACUAAAGGAGAAUCUAUGGUCGGAAAUCGAUAUUUUAAAGGGUCUUCAUCACCCGCAUAUCGUCGCUUUGAUCGACUGCCAUGAGUCCACAUCUCACAUCCACUUGGUGAUGGAGUAUUGUGCAUUAGGAGACCUUUCUCUUUUCAUCAAGAGGCGCGACACACUUCGGGACCACCGAUACACUCGAGACAUGAUCGCCAAGUACCCAAACCCGCGGGUUGGGGCCCUCAAUGAAGUCGUAGUCCGCCAUUUCCUAAAACAACUUUCCAGCGCACUGAAAUUCCUCCGCGACCGCAACUUGAUACAUCGGGACAUCAAGCCCCAAAACCUUUUACUCUGUCCUUCGCCUUCAUCAUAUCGCAAUGCCGCCGCCGCUCAGGUAGUACCCUUCAAAGGAAGCGACGACUCUUUUACUCCACUAGCUGGUUUGGAAACCCUUCCAAUGCUCAAGAUAGCCGAUUUCGGGUUCGCCAGAUCCUUGCCAUCGACCUCUCUGGCCGAAACCCUUUGUGGCUCUCCACUCUACAUGGCCCCAGAAAUUCUGAGAUAUGAGAAAUACGAUGCCAAAGCUGAUUUGUGGUCUGUCGGCACGGUCCUGUAUGAGAUGGUCGUUGGUAAACCUCCGUUCAUGGCAUCUAAUCAUGUUGAGCUGCUCCGCCGAAUAGAACGACACAAGGACAAGAUUCGAUUUCCCGACGAGCUGGAGAUAUCGGCCGAUAUCAAAGCACUCAUUCGGGGACUGCUCAAGAUGAAUCCAGUGGAGCGGAUGAACUUUCCCGAAUUCUUCGAUCACGUUGUCAUUCAAGAAACUAUCCCUGGUCUUGUAGGAAACGACCUUGUUCCGGCCCAACGAACUUUCAAUACGCAACAACUGGAGCCGGCUCUAUCCAGCGAAAAUAGAUCUUCCGAUAUACACGACCCUCAAUUGCAGCUAGAAGAUAUUAGGGAACCUCAAAUCCCGAUGCCGACCUCUCGACCAACGGGUAGUCCGAGGAUCGAUCUAGGCACCUCGCCACGAUCAGAACCAAUGCAGCGAACGGCUAGCGGAGAAAAAUUGCCACGGAUUAGCGAUGCACAACGUGCCGCAGGUAUCGGUAGGAGGCCAGGUCCAAUCUCGCACGUAACCGCACCAGGUCGACAAGAAUUGGUGGAUAAAUAUCCAGGAGCGCUCGAGCGACGGCCUAGUCGCAACUCACCUUAUCAAUCUCCCGUAAUAAAACAAGAAGAGGACCCGACGAUAAAGGACGAGCGCGAGCGGGCUGCUCAGGACAUAGCUUUUGAGCGUGACUAUGUUUUGGUGGAAAAGCGUGCAGUGGAAGUCAAUGCCUUCGCUGAUGAGUUGGCUAAUAGCCCACGAAUAGCGCAGCCGGGUUCUCGUCUUUCUGGGGGUAUUGUGCGACGAGCAACCGUGCAAAACGUUCAUUCUUCAAAUAAUCCCCCAGCCUCUCCGAAAGCUAUACAAUUUACUGGGCGGGCCCGAGCGGACUCACACACGCGGCAAGGCUCGUACGAACGGCGAUAUGGCCAGAGCCCGUCAUCUGCCACAUCAGCGAUAUCUAAGGCACUAAACAUGGCCAGUGGGCGUCUCUUUGGAGUCAGCUUCUCGCCGCCUAUUGGGUUGAGCAAGGGAGGACGUUCUCCGCCACUAACUUACAAUCCGUAUCCGACAUAUCCGGCGGCACAGUACAGUCUUUUGAUGGGUGCCGAAGGAGUGAAGACGAACACCGCAUUGGACGAAGAUACGAAAACGGUUCAAUAUAUCGAGGACUGCGCUACCCGCAGUGAUGUUGUUUACGGGUUUGCUGAGGUCAAGUAUAAGCAGCUUAUUCCCCUUGCUCCCUCUGUGCAGACAGAUUUGGACAAGGGCGGUGAGCAAGUCUUUUCGGACUCUGAUGAUGGCGAGUUGACGCCUGAUGCCAUUGUCACAUUAUCUGAAGAAGCUUUGGUUCUGUACGUGAAGGCUUUGGCACUUCUCGCCAAGUCCAUGGAUAUCGCAGGAGGUUGGUGGGCUCGCAAAAACCGCGGCGAAGUCUUUGGCGAGUCGGCUCAAGGUGCUACUACGACUAGUGCUCUUGUUGGAACACGAAUCAAUAACGUCGUUCAAUGGGUACGCAACCGGUUCAACGAGGUGUUGGAAAAGGCGGAAUUCGUUCGGUUAAAACUCAUUGAGGGCCAGAAGCGCCUGCCAUCGGAUCAUCCGAGCCAUCCAAGCAAUCACUCUCUGGAGUCGAAUUCCGCAGGUACCCUAGGCACCUCUACCGAUCACGUUGUGGUUAGUUCGGGCGUCACUGCGGAGAAGCUGAUGUACGACCGUGCUCUUGAGAUGAGUCGAGCGGCGGCCAUCAAUGAACUCACCGGAGAAGACUUGCCAGGAUGUGAAAUCGCAUACAUCACGGCUAUCCGCAUGCUUGAGGCCGUCCUUGAGAGCGAUGAGUUAUCACAGUCUAAUAAGGGCGUUGAUCCAGACAAAAUAUCCCUCGACGGAGUCCAGGUCGAGGACCGCAAAGUAGUCAGCAAGCUCGUGUCAAGCAUUCGUUCUCGCCUGGCCUCUCUUCGCAAAAAGAUUGCUGUCGUGGCCAAGCACUCGUCGACGCCUAUGGGCACGUCGCCUGGCAAAGUUGCAGCGGCAAAGGUGCGACCGGCUUCUCCUGCGAUUGCAGGAAUAAGUCCACCUCGGUGA